UGGUAGCUUUAUAAACGCUGCGUUUAACGUUGUCUAAAAUCCAAAACGAGUGUUACUUUCUUCCCAGGUGAACGACACAAAGCCCUCAACUUCUCUCACCGUUUUGAUUCUGCAGAAGAAGGAGUGAAUCAUGUCUGGUGAAGAGGAAGAAAACGCCGCUGAACUCAAAAUCGGAGACGAGUUUUUGAAAGCAAAGUGCUUGAUGAACUGUGAGGUUUCAUUAAUUCUGGAACACAAAUAUGAGCAGCUUCAGCAGUCGUCUGAUGAUGCCAUGAAUCAAGUUUCUCAGGUAUUUGAAAAGUCAUUGCAGUAUGUGAAGCGUUUCAGCCGCUACAAAAAUCCUGAUGCUGUUAGACAAGUUCGAGAAAUUCUUGCGAGAUAUCAGUUGGCUGAAUUUGAGCUGUGUGUCCUAGGCAAUCUUUGCCCGGAAACUGUAGAGGAAGCUAUUGCUAUGGUUCCAUCUAUCAAGACAAGAGGACGGGCUCAGGAUGAUGAAGCAAUUGAGAAGAUGUUAAAUGACUUAUCACUGAUUAAGAAAUUUGAAUAAGAGUUUCUUACAGUUCUUGUAAAUCAUGGUCAGUUCUGUGAUGUACGGUAAGUGGUACUGUAUAACAUACCACUUGACAGCAAACAAUGUGUUUUGUAGUUAUUGCAGAACUCAUGCUGGUAAUAUAGCUACCUUACUGUGACUUUUAUUGAGGAGGAUUUGAAAAAGAUGGUAUGUGGUGCAUUGAGACUGUGUGUGGUAGGUUAUGAACUUAUGAUGAAAGAACACUGAUUAUUGUCUUGCCUGUAUUCUCCUAUAUGCAACAAAAGGGGAGCUAUUAUUUUUUUGCUUGUGACAUGAUUAGAGAACACAUUACACA